AUGGAGGAAAUCCAUGUUGUCUUAAGUAGAAAGGAGGAUGAAGAAGAUUUAACUAAUGAACUAACACGAAUUGAUAUCAUCAAAUGUAUACAGUUGGAAAAAGUUAGAUUUCGAGGUGUUAAACUUUCUGGCCUUGAUCUUUCAAAACUGCUAAUUUUUCACAACCUUGUGCUUGCAACAAUAGUUUUGGAUUUGUCUUAUGUGGACUUCAGCCAUGCUUGUCUUAGAGAUGUAUUCUUCUCACGUGCAAACCUACAGUGUGCCAAGUUCCGGAAUGUGGAUGCUGAGGGUGCGAUCUUUCAUAAUGCAAUUUUGCAAGAAUGUGAAUUUACAGGGGCCAAUCUGCGCGGAGCUUUAUUAGCUGGUGCUAAUCUUAAGAGUGCAAACCUACAAGAUGCAUGUUUAAUUGGUAGUAGUUUCUGCCAGGCUGACCUCCGAUCUGCACACUUACAGAAUGCCGAUCUUACUAAUGCCAAUUUAGAAGCAGCUAUACUAGAAGGAGCCAACUUGAAGGUAAAUAUUAAUAGCUUUAAGGUAAAUAUUAUUAAACUGUGUUUGUAUUUAUGCAUUUUGGCUUUCAUAUAUUAGUCAUAUGAUAUU